AUGUUUGUUAUGUUCCUGGCCACCUUUAUGUUCCUGGCCAUGUUUAUGUUCCUGGCCAUGUUUAUGUUCCUGGCCACGUUUAUGUUACUGGCCAUGUUCAUGUUCCUGGCCACGUUUAAGUCCCUGGCCACGUUUAUGUUCCAGGCCAUGUUCAUGUUCCUGGCCAUGUUUAUGUUACUGGCCAUGUUUAUGUUACUGGCCAUGUUUAAGUUCGUGGCCACGUUUAUGUUACUAUGUUCAUGUUCCUGGCCACCUGGCCAUAUGUUCCUGGCCACGUUUAUGUUCCUGGCCACGUUUAUGUUCCUGGCCAUGUUUAUGUUCCUGGCCACGUUUAUGUUACUGGCCACGUUUAUGUUACUGGCCAUGUUCAUGUUCCUGGCCACGUUUAUGUUCCUGGCCACGUUUAUGUUCCUGGCCUAUGUUCCUGGCCACGUUUAUGUUCCUGGCCACGUUUAUGUUCCUGGCCACGUUUAUGUUCCUGGCCAUGUUUAUGUUCCUGGCCACGUUUAUACUGGCCACUUAUGCCACGUUUAUGUUCCUGGCCACGUUUAUGUUCCUGGCCACGUUUAUGUUCCUGGCCAUUUCCUGGCCACGUUUAAGUCCCUGGCCACGUUUAUGUUCCAGGCCAUGUUCAUGUUCCUGGCCAUGUUUAUGUUACUGGCCAUGUUUAUGUUACUGGCCAUGUUUAAUGUUCCUGGCCACGUUUAUGUUCCUGGCCACAUUUAUGUUCCUGGCCAUGCCAUGUUCAUGUUCCUGGCCAUGUUUAUGUUACUGGCCAUGCUUAUGUUACUGGCCAUGUUUAAGUUCGUGGCCACGUUUACAUUCCUGGCCUCAUUAAUGUUCCUGGCCAUGUUUAUGUUCCUGGCCUCAGUAUUCUUCCUGGCCUCUUUUAUUCUCCCUCAUCUCAAUAUCCUCCCUGUCCCUUUAUUCUCCCUCAUCUCAGUAUCCUCCCUGUCCUCGGUAUUCUCCCUCGUCUCAGUAUCCUCCCUGUCCUCGGUAUUCUUCCUGGCAUCAUAA